CUGUGGGCUUAACACUACUUAACAGGCAACACUGUAUAAUGUCAAAAUUUUGUCGAAAGGAAACUAAUUGCAAAUUACAAAUUAUCAACAAAUCGACCAUUAUUUGCCCAAUAAAUCAGUUUAUAUUGUUAAAUUCUUCAAACGUAAAUUAAUAAACCAAAUUAAAUAAAAACUUACCUACCUACUCAAAAAAAUUACACCGGCACUUACUGUGAUGUUCAUUAAUUAAAACUGCUGAGUUAGGUAUGGCAUCUUCGUCUAAAAAUGAUUUAGUUGUGAACAGACUGCUGAAUGCGAGGCUUGAAGAAGGCGGCGGCGCCGACGAGCUGCCGCCGCAGAACAUGCUGCCCUCGCACCAACACUUACGGCAAGUCGGACAUCUUCAUGAGGACGAGAAUGGUCACGCACCAGACCCUGCCCCUUCCGCUACAGAGAAUCUGCAGCCGUCCAACACUGCGGGCCGCUUGCAUAAUUGGCAAGCUACCAAAACAACAGUUAAGGAACGUUUGUCUUUUCUUUUUAACAACGAAAUUCUUUGCGAUGUACAUUUUGUUGUCGGUAAAGGCGCAAAUCAGCAAAUUAUACCUGCCCACAAGUUCGUGCUGUCUGUCGGCAGUGCGGUGUUCGAUGCCAUGUUCAAUGGAGUACUCGCAACCAAGUCUAAUGAGGUAGAACUACCUGAUGUUGAACCGGCAGCUUUUCUCCAUUUACUAAAGUUUCUGUACUCAGAUGAAGUGCGCAUUGGCCCAGAGAGUGUUAUGACGACACUGUACACAGCUAAGAAAUAUGCUGUUGCAGCCCUAGAGGAGCAUUGUGUAGACUUUUUGAAAAGUAAUUUAGGAACAGAUAAUGCAUUUUUAUUGUUGACCCAAGCUCGGUUGUUUGAUGAACCACAGUUGGCAGCAUUGUGUCUUGAAAUGAUUGACAAAAAUACAGCUGAUGCACUGAAUGCUGAGGGCUUCACAGACAUUGAUCAGGAUACACUAAAUGCAGUAUUGGAAAGAGAUACCUUACGCAUCAGAGAGGCAAAAAUAUUCUCAGCAGUAUUACGCUGGUCAGAAGCUGAGUGCCUUAGACGGCAACUACCUGUCACUCCAGGAAACCAAAGAACUGUCUUAGGCCGAGCAUUCAAUGCUAUUCGAUUCCCUCUGAUGUCGGUGGAAGAAUUUGCCAUGGGACCUGCUCAAAGCGGGCUGUUAGAUGAUAGAGAAAUUGUGCAGUUGUUCUUGUAUUUCACAGUGAAUCCAAAGCCAAAUGUGGGGUUUCUGGACACCCCUCGCUGCUGCAUGACUGGGAAGGAUCUGACAGUGAACAGGUUUCCUCAGACGGAGUCGCGAUGGGGCUACAGUGGGACUACGGAUAGGAUUAGGUUCACUGUUGGUCAGAGAAUUUUCGUGGUUGGCUUUGGUCUGUAUGGAUCUUAUUUUGGCCCUAGCGAAUAUGAGGUUCACUUGCAGAUCAUCCACUUGGCUACAAAGAAAAUAUGCGGCUCUAACACCACUACGUUCUGUUCUGAUGGUACAGAUGAUACAUUUCGAGCUAUGUUCAAAGAACCCGUUGAGAUUCUACCAAACACUUCAUAUAUUGCUAGUGCUAAAUUAAAGGGCAUGGAUUCUUACUACGGUACAAAAGGAUUGCGCCGAGUAACAGUUGACUGUAAUAACGGUGAAAAAGUAGUUUUUCAAUUUUCCUACGCCGCCGGCAACAACAACGGGACCUCAGUCGAAGAUGGUCAAAUUCCCGCUAUCAUAUUUUAUAUUUAGAAUUUUUUAUUUGUAUUCUGUGAUAGUAUAAUCCUUUCUCGCUCGUUCUGUUCGAUAGUGAAUGACAGUGACAGUUCUUGUUAACAUCCGUAAUGUCAAAUGUCAAAGUCAACAAAUCAAAUAAAACAUAGAUAGAUAGAACAGAGAGGUUACCGUGCGAUUGGAUAUGCCUUACCAUUGUUACUAUGUACCAUUAUUAUUAAUACAACAAUUAGAAACCUUAUGACUUACAGCUUGCCUGCUGUGAGCAUUGUCAGAAAAUCAAAUGAGCCGUUAAAUAAAAGUGAACCAAAGUUGAACAUCAAUGCCUGUACAAGAGUUUAAAAUGAUUUUUUGGAAGCAAAUCGUUCGGAAAGCAAAUGUUUUCUUUUUUAUAGACAGGUUAAUUACAUUAUCUUAACAUAGUAGAACAUAUUUAAAAUCAUGAAAUCAGGAACAUGAUGCUAUGUCAAAACUAUUGAGUAAAAAUAAGUAAUAAGUUUUUGUGUGGCCUUGAAAUAUUACACCACAACAUGGUAUGAUUUAAGAUCAUCAUUCACACCCUACCAUAAAUGGAUGCUGUGUUAAAAAACAUUAUUUUGGGCUCGGUCUUUAAAAUUUUAAUUAAAUAAUAUGCAAAGUAUACACGGAUCAGUUGAAAGCUAAUUAAUAAAUAUAUGUAUGAAUCUAAUAAAGAAGAAUAUAAGCUGAUACAUAAUCAUAUAAAGUAAAAAAAAUCACAUUUUAUAUUCGUCAAUCAAUUUAGCUUAAAGCAUAAUAUUAUAACUCCAACAUUCAGAACCUUUUAUGCGUAAACGCUCUGAGUAUUUCUUUUUAGAUAUUCUUUUUCAAUUCUCGGUUAAGCCAUGUAUAAUCACCUCAAGAUUCAAAUUCAAUUAAUGUAUAACACUUUUUCUUUUAUUUUACUAAUGAGAUUUUGAAAAAAAAAAGUAUAUUGAUAACUCUCGAGUAGCUCUAAACAAAAAAGGCUGGUUGACAAACUGUUGAGAAUGAUCAACUGCUAUGCCUUUUCCCAUUUAAAUAUAGAUUUCAUAAGUUCAAAAUGGUACACCAAAAAUCUCAAUAAUACACCAAUACUAAUUCAAAGGUUACCCACCUCCAGUCUAUCGUCAUAUCAGUUCCACAGUCCCAUAUACUAUUAUCAGAAUUACAAAGAAACUUCGAUAUUUGAAUAAUUAGAACCGGGAGAAUAUUCAAAAAGAUUUUCCAUCGUACAUUUAUAAAUGUCUUAAAUAAAAAUGAACUUUAUAAAUUCUGCCCACCUUAAGACGUCACAUCAAAGUCAUUGCACCAGAAUUGUUAUCAGGCUCUUCAAACUGAAAUGAAUACCUAUUGGUGCCAGAAAUAGGCAGGAUGGUGGGAUGUUCUCAUGCUGGCCUGGGACAUUCUCCAUCAUGAGCUUUGUAGAUUUUUUAUUUCAGAGUGAUCCCCAUGAAAGUUAUUUCUUCCAGUGUAAAAGAGUAUAAUAUUAUCCUUUACAAUAAACUCAAGACGUACACCUCUGAUUUUAACAUCAAGCAAUCACACUUUUAAUGUAGAAAUAAAUUAGAAAAUCAUUGCUAAAUUCCUAAGAUUGAAACAAAAAAGUCAUUUCGUAGAUGAUAAGCAUUUUAGAUGACUCCUCGCUUAAUCUGUGAUAGAUAAUAGUACCUAUGUGAAUAAAAUUUUGUGUAUAAAACAUGUUAUUUUACAAAAAAAGAAAAAACAAACCUAAACACUUUUCUUCCAAAAUUUUGGUCACAAACAUUUGCCUUGCAUGUUGAUAGUAAGUGCAACGCGAAUUCGUAGGAAAUAUACCCACAGGAAUUAGAAAAUUGUACCAAAUGAACCAAUAACCAGUGUAUAUUUUUGUCUAAAUAAAAAGUUAUUGUAAGUUAACGGUGAAGCAAAAUUAUGUUCAAACACCAGUGAAAAUAAGAUCGACUCUACACUUUUAAAAAUACCGACUUAAGAUCUUAAUUUACUGAUAUCGUUGAAUAAAGGAUGUGGCUAUGAAUGUGUAUGCGUGUGUGCGUGUUUUUAGUUUUUAGUGCUUAACUUGGUGAAUAAUGAUAUGUAAGAAAUACCCUCGGAUUUAUUGUUUGUCAUUUUCCGUUUUUCCUUUUCUUUUCUGAUCUCGACCUAACAAAUAAUUGAUUAGUUUAUUAUCUUCCUGAGCGACGUUUAAAACGACAAUCGUGCUUAGAGAAUGAUUUGAAAUUUGAAUGAGUCUCUUUCAAAAUCACAAUUUCUUUGUAACAUCCAAUAACAAAUAAGUACCUAAAGAAUUUAGGAAAAAAGAAAGAAAAAAUAUUAGUAAUUCAAUUCCGAAACAUACAACCUUUGACGUAUACAAAAAUAGUGUAGGUAUAUAAACCCUUUGACUGGUAUGUAGGUCACCGGUGCCCUACGCGGCGCCCUCAAGUAAUUAUGUCGUCUUCGGUUACUAAAGCGCCUGGAUCGCCUAGCUUUGCUUUUAAUUUGUUUGUUACUGUAUGUUUCAUACUUUUAGGUCACUUAGAAAUAGAUUCAUUUUCAGUAUCUUCGGAUUACUCCCAGAGUCUACUAGAUAUUCCAACGCCUUAGCCACAGAAAUCGACAUCAUUAUUUUAGUCUGUCGCGUAGGGCAUCGGUGACCUACAUACCAGUCGAAGGGUUAAACAGGAUAUAUUGAAGUCGUUUCGGAAUACGAAUUUCAAUGGUCAAUGAUUCCUCAAAUACCGUUUAAAUGUAACACAAUGUGAGCGAUCAGCUGACGCGCGAGGUCAAUGGCCUCGCUCGGACGCAGCGAAACUUCAAGUUACAUUGCUCGCUUCUCCGUAUAUUUUGCGAUAUCAUAAUUCGGCUUCGGGACGGCUACAACUCAUCCUGUGUUCUAUUAAUUAUCUAUGUAGUAGUAGGGUUUUUCUCGGAGAGAAAGGCAAAGGAACUAAGCCAAUUCUCAAGUUUUAUAUUUUAAUACACAAUUUUAUAUUUCAAGGCAAAGAAGCCAAUUCUUAAGUAUUCUUCAUUUAUCUUUUUCAAAUCCGUAUAAAUGUCUAUUCAUAUUUAUUUUUUUCAUUAUGUUUCGGUUGAGUGUUGUCGCAAUCGUGUUAUCUAAUGUAGUCAAAACACUGAAACGUCAAUGUACCAAGUAUUUAAUUAUUAAUGUGGUCAAGUGUAGGGAUUGCGUUUUACUAUCAUUUUGUUGUUGGUAUUGUGUACAUUGAAACGAAAUUUACGACGCAGGUUGAGGGGGAAAAUUGAGGAAGGAAGUUGUAGAAGGGAAUUCGGAGUGCGCGUACCCACUAUAGUCAAAUUAUUUUGUCCAUGCAGUUUGGAUCAUAAAACAUAGCCAGGCUAGGGCGGUGAGCAUGCUGCGCGGGCGCAACACCAUAAUCGAUAAAAACAAAUGAGUCAUCUAAGGCAGGUACACGGCGGCGGGGUGGUAUACGAAGGGCGGUGAGACAUUGUUAUGUUAAGAGUCAUUUGGACUUACCUGCAAAUUAUAGUACAUUAUUCGAAGAGAAAUGUGUUUUUAUUCAUUCGUUCUCUGAAUUUCUUUAGUGAUACAAUGGCUACUCCUUUUUUGUUUUGUGUCAAAACGGCAGAAUUUAUUCAAAAUAAUAUUUGCACGUGUUGUUAUCAACAAUGUGUUAAAAAAUUUUACUGAAAUAAGAAUAGAUCCCGAAAAAUUACAAUGUGUUAUUUCUGGUGUAGUGUUCGAUUAGUGAUUUUUUCUUUCAUUUUUAUCACUAACCCACAAAAUGACAAAAUUAAAUACACUAUCGAUAACGCUUAUCGACAACAAUAAUGCGCAUCACUAUGCCCGUCCAUAAGGCUCGUGAGUGGAAGAGAGAGCGAAAUACUCGCUUCACCGCUCCGAAUUUUUAUGACCCAAACUGCACGGACAAAAUAAUUCUGCUAUAGUAGUAAGUAUAGUAGUAAGAAGGACCCCUUUGUCAUGGCGCCGCAAUUCCAAGGAGUAUCCCUGAAACCUUCCGAGAGUAUUGGGAUACUUGGGGUCGAGAUUUCGAGCGAUGUCCAGUUUCGGAGUCAUCUGGAAGGCAAAGCCAAGUUGGCGUCCAAAAUGCUGGGAGUCCUCAACAGAGCGAAGCGGUACUUCACGCCUGGACAAAGGCUUUUGCUUUAUAAAGCACAAGUCCGGCCUCGCGUGGAGUACUGCUCCCAUCUCUGGGCCGGGGCUCCCAAAUACCAGCUUCUUCCAUUUGACUCCAUACAGAGGAGGGCCGUUCGGAUUGUCGAUAAUCCCAUUCUCACGGAUCGUUUGGAGCCUCUGGGUCUGCGGAGGGACUUCGGUUCCCUCUGCAUUUUGUACCGUAUGUUCCAUGGGGAGUGCUCUGAGGAAUUGUUCGAGAUGAUACCGGCAUCUCGUUUUUACCAUCGCACCGCCCGCCACCGGAGUAGAGUUCAUCCAUACUACCUGGAGCCACUGCGGUCAUCCACAGUGCGUUUCCAGAGGUCUUUUUUGCCACGUACCAUCCGGCUAUGGAAUGAGCUCCCCUCCACGGUGUUUCCCGAGCGCUAUGACAUGUCCUUCUUCAAACGAGGCUUGUGGAGAGUAUUAAACGGUAGGCAGCGGCUUGGCUCUGCCCCUGGCAUUGCUGAAGUCCAUGGGCGACGGUAACCACUCACCAUCAGGUGGGCCGUAUGCUCGUCUGCCUACAAGGGCAAUAAAAAAAAAAAAAAAAAAAAAAAGUCCUGCCGCUAAUCGCUAUCCGUUUGUAGGGAUAUCAUUCGUUUCAGUGUAACUGUGAACAGCGGCCCACUCCUGUGUGCUUAGUGCGAGUUUUUUAACGUUCUCGAUAGCGUAAAAGUUAACUCAAAUUUGUAUGGAGGUUUGCCGCUAGGGGCGUGGUUCUAACUGCAUACAAAUUUAAGUUAACUUUUACGCUAUCGAGAACGUUAAAAAAUUCGCAUGCUAAGAGCGACCAACCGUUGAGUGAACAUAAGGCGCAGAUUUAGGUAGGCAGCGGAUCGGUUCUGCCCCUGGCAUUGCUGAAGUCCAUGGGCGACGGUAACCACUCACCAUCAGGUAGGCCGUGUGCUCGUCUGCCUACAAAGGCAAUAAAAAAAAGAUCGUCUGAACCAUGGUGUCGCUUGAUUUAUGAGGACACAAUCUCAUUUUUUCUAAAGAGAAACUAGUAGUUUACUGGGAUUGGGAGCAAGGAUGAGCAACACGCGGCCCGCCAUGCAUUUCUAAAAUUGAAUUUAUUUUAUCGACUUUCUCCCAUCAAUUCGUUUUUCUGUUUUUUUCUUGUUUGUUUUAAAUUAUUAAUUAAAAAGAGCAAAAUUAUGUGCGGCCCGCCAAAAAAAAAUUAAAUUUAAAUUGGCCCAUUGAUUAAAAACGUUGCUCACCCCUGGUCUGUAGCAAGGUAUUAACACUGGCGCAUGGGAUAUCAACCGCUCAUUGGCUAUAGAAAAAAAAAGUCAUGGUUAUUAUAAGUACCAAUAUCCUUAUAUAGCAUCGUUAUACCAGCAAAUUAUAGUACAGGUAUAACAGGAUACAGGAAUGAACCGUUUGGUGUUUGUUUCUUGUAUUGAAACUAAAGAAAGGAGAAAAGAAAAACAAUUGAGAAAGUAUUUUGUAUAGAUAUCAAAAAUGUUUAUUUUACGAGUCAUUAAAAGUUACAAAGAUA